AUGCUGAGGCCAAACCUUUGUCUCUUUAUCCUGGUUUUUUUCGUGGACUGUGCAUCUACCAAUGAACAGUGCAGGAAGGAGAUCAACAUUCAAGGCAUGAGACUGGGUGAAGAAUGCCGAUCCAUUCUUUUCAAAGAGCCCGUACAGGACAGAGUCAUGAAAGACCACCUGAUCAGGAUUUUAGAGGUGCCCCGCCAAGGCAGCUGUAAUGUGCUGUGUUAUAUGGAGCCCAAUUGUGUGUCCAUAAAUGUUGGGCCUUCACAAGGAGGGAACUACAUUUGUGAGUUGAACAAUGCUUCGGACGAAAGUCCAGGCUCGUCCGUUCUUGAGAGUAAACAAGAUUAUAUCCAUCUCAGUAUCGAGAAUCCCUGCAGCAGCAGUCCCUGUUUUAACAACGGCACCUGUCAAGCUGGAUACACUGAUAAAGGAUUUCGUUGCAAAUGUUCUUCAGGAUUCACUGGUGUAUACUGCAAGAAAGCCUGCAGCUUUGACUUUGAAAAUGGAAUCGGCGCGUGGGAGAAGAAAGGCAGAGCUUUCAUUUACCAGCCUACAUUUGGUGACAAUCCACUCGCGCGCAAUAGAGAAAGCGCCCAGCAGCAAGGACACUGGUGGAUAGGGGGAGCUGAGAAACGGUCCAAUGAGAGCGAUCUCGCAGGAAAGCAGCAUCCAGAUGGAGCCGACCCACCUGAAGGAACUCUCACCUCAGUUUGUUUUCGUAUCGUCGGCAAGAGUAUCUCGUUUCUCAUUGGUGGGGGAUGUAAAGUAAAUGAAGUUCGUGCGGAGCUUAUUGUCAACAACCAGGUCGUCAGAAAGGAGACAGGAAACUGUAAAGAGACAAUGUACCGUAAGAGCUGGGACGUAGAGGAGUUUAUUGGUCAAUACGCGCAAGUCAGACUUGUAGAUGAGAGUUCUGGUAGUUGGGGUCACAUCAACUUUGAUGACCUUAAAGGAGAUAUCAUUUGUCCUCACGAUUUAGACGAGAAAAACUGAAGAGACAGUGGCUUUAAAAACUACCUUAUCGACUCAAGUCACCUUGAAAGUAUGGUGAAGCAGCCUUUGACGUAGUAUAGUAUUUGCUUUGUGCUGGCAUAGAUAGGCACAAACAUCAUUGUAUUUUAGGUCAACAGUAGAAAAGCAUUAUGAAACAAUUUUAUGCACGUGACUGAGGCUAUAAAAUAUACAAUACAAUCCUUAUAGCCUACUGGUCUACCUCCUGCAAGUGGGGAUUUUUAAGCUCUUAGUUAGUCUACAUUGUGGCUGAGAAGCCCCUAAUGGGGAGCUUCAAUUA